AUGUCCACUACCAACUUGUCCUUCCCUGUGCGGGUCAAAGAGCUUGUGAAAGAAUGGACUUUGGACCCCAUCCCCGGCCAGGUCCUCAAGGAAAUCCUCGAGGAUGAGAAGAAGGCACGGACACUGGUCAACUUGAUCCGGCGCCACUGCCAGUUCAUUUCAGCUGAACGCUCCUCCGACCCUCGACGCGGUGAAAUCUCCGUCUUUGACCGAGCCCUCAUCGAGCUUUGGAACCACGGUGAUCAGCUCAAGAACGUUGCCCUCCUGGAAUUUUUCCUUGAGGAGUAUCUGAUGACUAAAUCUGCUCGGUCAUACCUGGAGAAAAAGCAGAUUGUCCUGGCUCACUUGCACGUCCAGGAGCUCAUGGAAAGAGGCAUUGUCAACUGUUCCACGGACACUGAUCGAGCUUCUCCCCGUGCUGCUUUGGGUCCCGUCGAUUCUGCCCUGGAUAAACUCAUUAAGGUUUACCAAGAGGCCAAAGCAGAGACUUAUUUUGCCGAUGCGAACAAGACGGGUGUUUCCACCAAGUGGACUGACAAGUUCAAGAAUGUCUGCUUUCUUCGCGACUCCGCCGAGAAUGUUCAUCGCCACAUAGUGCAGAACAAGCUUCAGUCUCACCCACUGUUCCCAGAGAUUGAGAAAAUGGUAGACAUGAGCUCAAACCAUGCCGAGCAUCUAGCUGGUGGACGCAAGCGUAUCUUCGAGCUCCCCGAGGAAGAAGAUACACGUCCUGUUAGCCGACUUCCCAAGCGCCCGCGCUCUGAACCCUACAAGCCCCGGUUUUAUCGUCCUCGCGAUUCGUAUCGUCCCGGGCGUGACGGCGGCAAUGACUGGCACGAGCGCUCUGUCCAUCGCCAUUUUCGUGAUAACAAACGCAGUGGGGAGGGCCAGAGGAAGAACCAUUGA